GGCAGGAGGUGGACUGAGUGCACUUCAUGGCAUUGCAAGCUAAAUGGUCCUUUACGUGGUUUUCUUUUUCUCCUUUGUGCUUCUGGAUGUUACUCCAUUUCAGAGCCACAGCAUUUUACAACUACUGUGACUCGAUGCAGCCCGACCGUGGCCUUUGUGGAGCUUUCCUCCAGCCCCCAGCUGAAGAAUGAUGUGUCAGAAGAAAAAGAGCAGAAGAAACCAGAACAUGAAAUGAGUGGAAAGGUGGAGCUAGUGCUGUCACAAAAGCCGCCUGGCACGGCCAGUGUCCCGCUGAGAGUUCAGAACUCUUGGCGACGUUCCCAGUUUUUCUCCCAGUCAGCAGAUUCUCCAAGCAGUGAAAAGUCACCUGUAACUACACCCUUUAAGUUCUGGGCAUGGGACCCGGAAGAGGAGCGCAGGCGACAGGAAAAAUGGCAACAGGAGCAGGAACGUUUGCUCCAGGAGAGAUACCAGAAGGAGCAGAACAAGCUGAAAGAAGAGUGGGAAAAGGCCCAAAAAGAGGUGGAAGAGGAAGAACGCAGAUACUAUGAGGAGGAGCGUAAGAUAAUUGAAGACACUGUGGUUCCAUUUUCUAUUACUUCAAGCUCUGCAGACCAGCUGUCUACAUCCACCUCUAUGACUGAAGGCCCUGGGACAGUGAAUAAGAUGGACUUGGAAAACUGUCAAGAUAAAGAACAAGAGAGAAGACAGAAGAAAUCAUUCCAGGGCGAUGCCAAUGACUUAUUGCUUAAGACUAGGGGAAGUGAUCCACUGCAGGAGAAGGGCAGCCUAGCUCAAGAGGCCUUGGCUCAUUCUGAGAACGACGUAUUAAAAGGAAUCCGUCAGGACCAUCCAUUGGAUACACAGGCUGGGCCCCCACACAGUGGGAUGAACCCACAGCUAGCUCAGGAUCCAUCCCAGAAUCAGCAGGUAUCAAACCCACCAAUGCACAUUUCAGAAGAUGUGAAGCCAAAAACCCUCCUGCUGGAUAAAAGCAUUAACCAUCAGGUUGAGUCUCCGAGUGAAAGGCGGAAGAAGAGCCCUCGCGAGAGCUUCCAGGCGGGGCCCCUGUCCCCCUGUUCUCCCACCCCUCCAGGCCACUCACCAAACAGGUCUAUAAGCGGGAAGAAACUGUGCUCUUCCUGUGGGCUUCCUUUGGGUAAAGGAGCUGCGAUGAUCAUCGAGACCCUCAAUCUCUAUUUUCACAUCCAGUGUUUCAGGUGUGGAAUUUGUAAAGGCCAGCUUGGAGAUGCAGUGAGUGGGACAGAUGUUAGGAUUCGAAAUGGUCUUCUAAACUGUAAUGACUGCUACUUGCGAUCCAGAAGUGCUGGCCAACCUACAACAUUGUGACGUGGUUUUCAAGCUUCCAGAUGACUCACUCACCAUUUCUUCAUUGAGGGUGUCCCCUGGCAAUUGCUUAACAAAAUCCCAAGUUCAGGGGCUUCUCAGCAUUCAUUUAAUUUUUGAAAGCCUCUUCUGAAAGGUGUAUCUGUUCUUCUGUAGCACGGUGUUUGUGUUUCUCCUGGUUUUCUGUUUUGUUUUGUUGGGUUUUUGGUUUGUUUUUUUUUUGCAUUUGCACAGUAUAUGCAAAACAAUAUUGAAUUGUAAUGACCCUGAAUAGUUCAAAAAAGGUUUUAGCAUGGUCAAAUGGGCUUAAGGUUUAAAAUGUGUUAUUCUUUUCUUUGGGAAUUAGCUAAAUGAUGCAAUAAACCUUUUUUAUUUUAGUAUUUCUAGGAAUUAAACACUUUAUGUUUACAAAAUUGAGCUGCAGGAAGUGCAAGACAUGCCAAUUUGAGACAUGAGGUCUUCUAAGACAGGAGCAUAAAUUUGAUGCAUUUCAGAAACUAAACAUCACAGCAAGCUCUGUUUCUGAGCUGUAACUUGUUUUUAAUGCAAAGACACUAGUCUGUUAAUAUAUAAUGUAAUCCUGAAACAUUUGUGUUACUUCCCUUUUGAGAUAGAAGUUAUACCAAUAAAUUAUUGCACCAUUAGUAUUAGAUUUUGUGUACCUUGAAAGUUAUGUUGUUAAUAUAGGCUGGCCUGACAAAUAAAGAGAACCCUUGUGAUAUUGGCUAGGGCAUUGCCCAAGGGUAGGAAGAAACCAGAGGGAAAUAUUUGUCAUCAUUUCCAAAGUUAUUAACAAAACCUGGGGGGAAGUUUAAUCUUGAAGAGAGUGGUGGGUCACUCACAGCCGCGAGGCCUGUGUUGCUUGCUACUCUAUAGGCACCAGGUUGGGCAUCUUCAAUAAGAGACUGAAUAUGAGGCACAUGAAAUAAGAGGCGUCAAGACGGGGCCAUCAUUAGGUGUGAUCACCCUUGCCUGGAAGUUCUCCUUGAGGGCCCGGAACACAGGAAUUCAAAGAGAAGCGUUAAGUCCAUCCUAAUAGAAUCCAAAUGGCAUAUGAUGUGAUAAGCCACUGGUGAGUGACCAGCAAGAACCUACUGCUCAAAUUGUACCCUGCCCACUCUAACAGAUAUGUGCUCUCCUUCAUUCUCCUCCGUCACCUUCUCUUCUAUCAAGAAUCUUGGACCUUGCUCAUGGAGAAGUUGAGAGGGGAACUCUCCUGGACAGCUGGUUUAUUUUCUGCUCUGUGUGAUGAGUUUCAGCUGGCCAAGGAAGGAAUCAAAUUACUAAAAACAUCACAGUUUAGACCUCCAGGCUGUUUAUUUUUUAAGACUGGGGAAGGGGGAACUAUUUAUUCUGCCUUAAAAUGAUGGCAAAUAAGUGAAGAUGACAUUUUGUGAACGUAGAUUAUGGAUACUCUCCUAAUGGGCUAAUGUGGUCAUAAAAGGAGGUCAAGUAUAUGUUUUCCUGUUAUACAGUAAUUUCUUGUGUCAUUAAGUAUGGCUAGCAGUUAUUUAUUUACAUGCUAGAUGAUUCCUUGCAUGUGGGUUUCAUGUAGGUGCAGAAACUUCCUCAGCCACUGGAGGUAUUUUGACCAUUUUUGUCAUUUGGAUGAGCUGUUAUUAGAUUGAAAUUUACACAUCAUUUUAUUAAAAAUUGUGCCUUAGAAAAUGCAAAGCUGUUGCACAUAGUCAGUGAUGAGUUAUGGAUACAGUACAUUGAAGAGAGAGGAAGUCACUUCCAAGUUCCCAACACUUCUCAUGGAGGUGUUUGAUGUUUUACAGGAAAAAUAAUUGGGAAAAAAAAAGUAUUAAAAAGAAAAAGAAAAAAAUUUUGAAAAUGUACAGAUUAAGUCCAAUAUUUUGAUUAACCAUCUGCAUGUUUUAUUAAAUAUUUUGAUAAUGUGGAUGUUUACACUUUGCAUGAUAUUAGCAGAGUACUUUGCCACAAAUAAUGCACAAAACAUGUACAAUAUGGUCAUUCAUAACCGAUUUUUAUAGAAUACUUUAUACAUGUGGAACUCUAUCCAUUAUGUAAGGAUUGUAUGAAUAUUGCACAUUCUCUUCUGGUUUCACAAACUCAUUUAUACAUAUUUCUUAGUGAGACUCAUUGUACAUGUAUUGAAGCUAGAAUUGAGUCAAGAAAAAUAAAGCCCCAUUCUCCAACUGCAAAAUGUGCUUUCCCAUAAUGAACACUAGUCACCAGCACAGAAUAAUCUCCAACAUUUUCUAAAUUCUAAUUGCCAACUGUUUCUAUUUAUAUUUGAUUUAUAUUUCAUUUGGAGUCUGUUACAUGGCAGCUUAGGCAGACUAGAUCUUGUUUUUUCCAAUGCAGCAUAAUGAGUAUGAUCUAUUUCUUUUCAAAUAAUCUUUGAGAUCCCAGGGGAAAAAAAAACGCUCUGCUCUGUUGAGCUGUAAUGUAAAUGUGUUUGUUUAAAAAACAUAUGAGGCAAGAGAAUGACUUAUUGUUCCAGAGGAAGUAUAUAUGAUUUUUUCUCUCAUACUCCAAAAGCUAGUCCCUUCUCUUUCUUAAGAAAAAAUGGGUAACUCUUCAUUUUUCACUAGCAAACUUUCAUGACAUUUCCUCAUUCUUUCUAUGUAGUGUUAUUAAUGCAAUACAAAUUAUAGUUAUCUAUACACAGUGUAAGAUUUAAAGAACUGAAAUGAUCCUCCUCGUAUGUGAGUCCGUCCAAAAGGUGUUACUGUUCUGGGUGGGCCAAUGUUCUAUAUCAGUUACACUAACUUUCAUUUAAAAUAUUUAUUCUAAAACGCCUCUGAGAAAUAGUAAAAAAUAAAAAUAAAAAGUUGUCUAAAAUGCAACAGCUUUUAUAGUAAAUGUACAUUUAUAAAUAAAAUACUCAAAUCAA